AAGUUUCCCGGAGGAGCCGGGGGCCGCCCUUCCUCCCGAGCCCAGCCGCAGGGACGGCCCCCGGGCGCGAACCGUUUCCGCGCGCAGCGGAGCCCCUAUCCAACGCGCCCUACUCCUCCAUUGCACCCAACUCGGAUUCCCAACUUGGGAGGCGCCGCGGGCCUGCGCACGCGCGCGCCUUCCUCGCCUCCCCUCCUCCUCCUCCUCCUCUUCCCCCGCCCCCACCGGGGAGCAGGCUCGGGGCCGAGCCGGGCACCCAGAGCCGCCGCCCGCCCGGCGCGCCCUCGCCCGCGGGCCCCCUGAGUGCGGGGCGGCGGCGCCGGGGCGCCCGGGCCGGCUGCCCACAACGCCAAGUUCAGGAGUUGCACUAGUUCGCGGGGCGGCCAUGGAGCAGGAGCUGGGGUCGGAGCCGGCGGCCGAGUCGGCGCUGGAGAAGAACGUGGCCGAGCUGACCGUCAUGGACGUGUACGACAUCGCGUCGCUCGUGGGCCACGAGUUCGAGCGGGUCGUGGACCAGCACGGCUGCGAGGCCAUCGCGCGCCUCAUGCCCAAGGUCGUGCGAGUCCUGGAGAUCCUGGAGGUGCUGGUCAGCCGCCACCACGUCGCGCCCGAGCUGGACGAGCUGCGUCUUGAGCUGGACCGCUUGCGCUUGGAGCGGAUGGACCGCAUCGAGAAGGAGCGCAAACAUCAGAAGGAGCUGGAGCUGGUGGAGGAUGUGUGGCGGGGCGAGGCGCAGGACCUGCUCUCGCAGAUCGCCCAGCUGCAGGAGGAGAACAAGCAGCUCAUGACCAACCUGUCCCACAAGGACAUCAACUUGUCUGAGGAUGAGUUCCAGAAGCAUGAAGGCAUGUCGGAGCGUGAACGGCAGGUGAUGAAGAAGCUGAAGGAGGUGGUGGACAAGCAGCGGGAUGAGAUCCGUGCCAAGGACCGGGAGCUCGGCCUGAAAAACGAGGAUGUGGAGGCCCUGCAGCAGCAGCAGACCCGGCUGAUGAAGAUUAACCACGACCUGCGGCACCGCGUCACGGUGGUGGAGGCUCAGGGCAAAGCCCUCAUCGAGCAGAAGGUGGAGCUGGAGGCAGACCUGCAGACCAAGGAGCAGGAGAUGGGCAGCCUGCGGGCCGAGCUGGGGCGGCUGCGGGAGAGGCUGCAGGGUGAGCGUGGCCAGGACCAGAAGGAGGAGCCCGAGGCAGAGCCCAGCGGGGAGGACUGUGUCUCUGACGCUGAGAAGGCGGCCAUGGACCUCAAGGACCCCAACCGGCCCCGGUUCACGCUGCAGGAACUGCGGGACGUGCUGCACGAGCGGAAUGAGCUCAAGUCCAAGGUGUUCUUGCUGCAGGAGGAGCUAGCCUACUACAAGAGUGAAGAAAUGGAAGAGGAGAACCGGAUACCUCCGCCUCCACCCGCUGCCCACCCGAGGCUGUCCCCCCAGCCGGAGUCGGGGAUCAAGCGACUUAAAGAAGGUCCUUUCAGUGACGGAUUUAGCUUCUUCUCCCGGGACAAGAAGCGGCCAGCCAACACACAGAGGAACGCGCAUGUUCACGAGUCCUUCGGCCAAUGGGCCAGCACCCAGCGUGACGACGGUUACACGGAGCAAGGCCAGGAGGCCCUACAGCACCUGUGACUCCGGGUCCCCCGCUGCCCUGGCACCUGCACGUCAGCACGUGCCCCUCUCAAAACUGACCCCACAGAUAGACUGCUUUGGGGACCGACGUUGGGAAACUUACACCAAACUCUCCAGGAAUGUUUGUUUCUACCCAGGGCUGUCGCCGUUUAUAACAGAUGACUCUGACCCUUUAGGAUAUGUAUUUAAUAACCCUGUGGACAGAGGCCAGACUUUCGCGUUAACUUGGGUAACACAGCUGCUUUAAGCCAAAUACACGACUUGCCACUGUAACUGCCAUUUGACCUGCUUUGUAUAAAGUUCUGCGUGUUGAGGUUUUA